CUCUUCUCCAGACCAUUUCCGGAGACCUUUUCCCUUACCUCACCUCGCUCAUCAACUCAUCCCUGACCGCUGGCUACGUCCCUUCCGUCUUCAAGAGAGCGAGAGUUGCACCACUUCUGAAAAAACCUACACUCGAUCCCUCCGAUGUCAACAACUACAGACCAGUAUCCCUUCUUUCUUUUCUCUCCAAAACUCUUGAACGUGCCGUCCUUGGCCAGCUCUCCCGCUAUCUCUCUCAGAAUGACCUUCUUGAUCCAAAUCAGUCAGGUUUCAAGACUAGUCAUUCAACUGAGACUGCUCUUCUCUGUAUCACGGAGGCGCUCCGCACUGCUAAAGCUAACUCUCUCUCCUCUGCUCUCAUCCUUCUAGACCUAUCGGCUGCCUUCGAUACUGUGAACCAUCAGAUCCUCCUCUCCACCCUCUCCGAGUUGGGCAUCUCCGGCGCGGCCCACGCUUGGAUUGCGUCCUACCUGACAGGUCGCUCCUACCAGGUGGCGUGGCGAGAAUCUGUCUCCUCACCACGCGCUCUCACCACUGGUGGCGAAUCGCAUCUCUGCAUGUCUGGCAGACAUAUCAGUGUGGAUGACGGAUCACCACCUCAAGCUGAACCUCGGCAAGACUGAGCUGCUCUUCCUCCCGGGGAAGGACUGCCCGUUCCAUGAUCUCGCCAUCACGGUUGACAACUCCAUUGUGUCCUCCUCCCAGAGCGCUAAGAACCUUGGCGUGAUCCUGGACAACACCCUGUCGUUCUCAACUAACAUCAAGGCGGUGGCCCGUUCCUGUAGGUUCAUGCUCUACAACAUCCGCAGAGUACGACCCUGCCUCACACAGGAAGCGGCGCAGGUCCUAAUCCAGGCACUUGUCAUCUCCCGUCUGGAUUACUGCAACUCGCUGUUGGCUGGGCUCCCUGCCUGUGCCAUUAAACCCCUACAACUCAUCCAGAACGCCGCAGCCCGUCUGGUGUUCAACCUUCCCAAGUUCUCUCACGUCACCCCGCUCCUCCGCUCUCUCCACUGGCUUCCAGUUGAAGCUCGCAUCCGCUACAAGACCAUGGUGCUUGCCUACGGAGCUGUGAGGAGAACGGCACCUCAGUACCUCCAGGCUCUGAUCAGGCCCUACACCCAAACAAGGGCACUGCGUUCAUCCACCUCUGGCCUGCUCGCCUCCCUACCACUGAGGAAGUACAGUUCCCGCUCAGCCCAGUCAAAACUGUUCGCUGCUCUGGCUCCCCAAUGGUGGAACACACUCCCUCACGACGCCAGGACAGCGGAGUCAAUCACCACCUUCCGGAGACACCUGAAACCCCACCUCUUUAAGGAAUACCUAGGAUAGGAUAAAGUAAUCCUUCUCACCCCCCCCUUAAAAGAUUUAGAUGCACUAUUGUAAAGUGGCUGUUCCACUGGAUGUCAUAAGGUGAAUGCACCAAUUUGUAAGUCGCUCUGGAUAAGAGCGUCUGCUAAAUGACUUAAAUGUAAAUGUUAAAUCUCAGUGCUAGAGGUGUCACUACAGACCCUUUUUACUGGUACUGUAUGAUGAAGAGGGUGGGGCUUAAGCUGCUUCCCUUUCUCACCCAAUGGCCCUGUUAAAAUAAAUAUCUGUUUUUUGCCAAUUUUUACCACACACUUGUUGUUUGUGUACAUGAAUUUUAUAAUGUAUGUUUUCCCCCAACACGACUUUCCAUCAAUUUCUAUAGCAGACCCUCAUGCCAAAUUGGGUCAAAAGCUUUUUUGAAAUCAACAA